AUGGAUACAACUGCUAACGAAGCCGCUCAAGUGGUAGCAUUAAUGGAAUCAGGGAUGCGUCAAUGUGAUGUUGCACGGCAACUAAACUUGAGCCGUUUUGCCGUUCGACGAGUUUUCCAACGUUAUCAAGAGACUGGUGGCUUUAUCCGGAGGCAUGGAUCAGGCCGACAACGCUGCACAACGGACANUGCGGGUUUUGUUGGAGAUGGGUUUAUACUAAUGCACGACAAUGCUCGUUCCCACACCGCAUUAAUUGUAAAAAAUUAUACGGAAGAGGUUGGGAUCCCUGUUAUGAACUGGCCAGCGAGAAGUCCAGACCUAAACCCAAUUGAGCACCUCUGGGACGAAUUAAAACGAAGAGUGCGGUCACAUGAUCCUGCCCCAACAACCCUCCAAGAUCUUCAAUAUGCUGUUGUUGCGGAAUGGGUGAACAUUCCUCAAGAACGCAUCGUACGACUCAUAACUUCUAUGAAAGAUCGUAUGGAAGCAGUAAUUAAGGCAAGAGGAAGUAGCACUAGAUUUUAA